CAGGCUUACCGAAAAACAGCUGCGUAUGAUGUAGUUCAAUGAAGGACCCCGGGACGCAUGAGGCAAACAUGGCGUCGAACAGUAGGAAAUCCGUUCUCUUCGUAUGCUUAGGGAAUAUAUGCCGAUCCCCGAUCGCUGAAGCAGUCUUCCGGAAGAUGGCAACUGAAAACGGAGUUGGUGAUGAUUGGAGGAUCGACAGCGCUGCCACCUCCACGUAUGAGAUAGGCAGCCCGCCCGAUGAUCGAGGGCAGGCCUGUAUGCAGAAGCAUGGCGUCCCCAUGAGGCACAUUGCCAGGCAGGUGACAAAAGGAGAUUUUGAAACUUUUGACUACAUUCUAUGCAUGGAUGAAAGCAAUUUAAGCGACCUCAAGAGGAAAGCCAACGCGGUGAAGAACUGCAAAGCUAAGAUCGAGCUCCUCGGGAGCUACGACCCUCAGAAGCAGCUGAUUAUCAAUGACCCAUAUUAUGGGAGUGACAAGGAUUUUGAAACCGUUUACGAUCAGUGUCUUAGAUGCUGCAAAGCCUUUUUGGAAAACAGCUCUUGAUACUUCUGCCUGAGUGCUGUUGAAUGUAAACUAUCCCGCUAGUGAUCGACCCCAAGUCUCUGCGCCAGGAGUCUCGCCAAGCCAGAAAGUGCCUCCUCACACACUGAAUAAUUAGUUAAUAAUUUAAUCUCCACUGUCGGUGAGAUCACAGACCUAAACUCCUGAUUGCACUCAGCAAAGACAUUCUUCUUGUCAGGUAGAUGCCAGUUAGGGCGCGAAAAAAACUUAGGAGCCAGGAAGGCAAGAUGUGAAAUGCGUCGUUUCUUCAGCAACAACGACAAAGUCUUUCUGUUGAAAAUGUCUUUAGGCAGCAGAACAGGCGCGCACUUUCACAUAGCCUGUAUCCUUGAUUCAUACUGUUUGGAUGCGCUGCCUUCAACAGAGCCGAAACUUACGAAGACAAAAAUAAGUCUCUGUUCCCACUGUCACCGAAGGGGUUUUCAUCGAUUGCAUUCGGCUCUCUUCUCGCUUACGUUCCAAGGCACUUUUCUCCUUCCUGCGACUUGACAACACAUGUCUGGUGUUGUUUAAAUCUGAAAAGAGGAAUUAAAAUGGACUUUAACACCACACUCUGAGGACAUGUGCUGUUUUGAAAAGUUGAUAAAAUGACGAGAACUUGGCGUUCCAAUACGUUUAACGACUGAAAGAAAUUAAAAAGCCAUAAAAUACUUCUCUGAAAUUUUCAUGAGCAGGCCUACAAUUUUUGUUUCAUUAAUCAAGCAGAGAAAAGAUCGUGGUCAUCCCUGUAAACCAUUAAACCGCAAAGGCGAAAUACAAAAUGAA